UGUUUAUCUUAGAUGAUCAUUUACAGUUCAAUGACUCAUUGCAUGUUUAAGUUUAUGAAUUGUUUCAUUAUUUUUAAUAUAAUCAGACAAUCAGUAAACUAUAAUGAGGGCUAAGCAUCCUACUGCAAAGAAACCUCAGCAAAUAUUGUUUUCAAAAAAUAUAUACGGGUCUAAAACCAAAGUAGAAAACUGGGAUUUCUCAAUACACGCAGAGAAGAAAGAUAAUUACGUUUAUCGUGAUGGAUUAAGUAACCAUGUAAGCACCUACGCACGUUGGGGGAACGAAGACCAGGGCGUUCGGACAACCGAGACCCGCCAUAUGUUGGGUCAAGUGUUUACAAAGACGGAUCCAGUUUAUUCGUUUAAGCCCCUCGUCAACUUCACAUCGUAUCCUUGCACUGAUACAGCUGGAAGAAAUAAACUGAUGAAAAACGCUGACUUGGCACAACUGCCAGUUGACUUUGGGGUGAUGGAUUACCUAACAAGUCAACAGGAUGAUUAUAGAAAUCCCUUUCCGUCCGUUGCUAAACCGUUAACAAUGGCAUCUCCACCAUGGUUGCUGAAUCGAGUAAUUCGAUCAGAUCUAACUCAUAACCAUGGGACAGCGCCGCCUCGAGGAGAUUAUCAAUGUUUGGACACCCAUACACCCAUUCGGCACAUCAGAGAAAUGAGAUUGUUUCGUUAUCAAUCUUUCAAUCCUGCUACAUGUCUUCAAGAUUUCCCUACAUUUGAGAAGUCCUUGGAUAAUAAUACUAUAAAAUAGAUCAAACAUUUUAUUAGAAAAAUUAUCAGCCAAAUACUAUAGUAAAAUUAAUGUAGAACAGAACGUAUAAACAACACAAAAAAAACAAUACAAUUAUUGAAAACUUAAACAUUAUCAUUAUCAGCCUGAAAGCCUUGAAACCAAUAAAAAGUAUCAAACUAAGGUGUACUUAUCUCAUUAACUAGAUACCUAUAAGUACCUUAUCAAAUUAACAAAUAACAAGAAAUUUAAAUUAUUAAAAUAAACUGUUGGAGUCUUUAUAAAUACGUCGUUGUUUACCAGUAACUCAACAAUGCUUCUUACGAAAAACUGAGAAGGAUAAUAUCAGUCAGAUAGGUUCUUGACAUAAUGACAUUGGUUAAAAGUUAAAACCUUUAAACACUUAUGUAACACAUAAAUCUAAUCUCGCUCGUCCGAUCUAAACGCCUUCCUACCUACCCAGGCCAAUUCGCUAACUUUUCUGAUGUUUACAAUGUGUAACUAAAGAAAAAAAAUAAUAUCCAUCGAUGCUUUUGAAAAAAGUAUCUAAGUGACGUUAUAAUAAAAUAGUAGUAGAUCAGUAAAUUGCUCCGUGAUCAUCACUUCUAGCUGUCAUAAGCCGUUAGCGAAUAGACCUACAGACGUGGAUUGCACCUUUUCAAAUAAUAAAAGUAUAAUUAUGUACUUUGAAAAGGUGCCUGCAUUAUAAUUAUAUUUAUAAAAUGCACUCAUAUUUAUUAAUUGAAAAAGUUCACUCCACUCCACGGAUGCAUGGAUGUUUAAAUGUAUCAUACAUUCCAAACAUAUCAAGUGGUACACCUAGCCUUCAUUAUCUUCUGUUAUGUCUAUUUUGAGGUUUUAGCAACAAGGUUUUAAAUUUGACUUGCGCAUUUAAAAAAGGCAACCUUACCUAUUUCUCCGAUUUAAACUUCAAUAAAUAUACAGUGCAACCUUAAUAUAACAUAUCUCAAUAUAACGAUUUAAAAAUACUUGGUAAUCCCCUUGAAUUUUACAUGAGAGUCAAUAUAAAAUAUACCUUUACAUUGCGAACAUUUUUUGCGAACCACAUCUUUUUAACGAAUUUUCAACUAUCAAAAAAAGUGUAAAUACCUCUAAUUAACGAAUUUUAUCAAAUCAAAACCUUUAAAUAACGUUCCCACCAAUAUAUGACAAUUAAAAUCCCAUAGUACGUGAUUUAUGUCGCGACAGGAAACUAUUUUUUUCCUUUGUAUAAUAAAUUGUAGACCAACCUAACCUCAAUAUAACAAACCCCAGUAUAAUGAAUUACUUGAUAUAGAGAAUAUUUACCUGUUCCCAUCCGAUAUGUUAUAUCGAGGUUGCACUGUAUUAAUAUCUACCUACUGUCUAGACUCACUUAUGUCUACAAUAACAUUACAUUCUCAAAAUCUUUCUUUCAAAAUAUAAAGGCUGUUUCUCCUUUACAUUACUGUCUCUUAAAUACAUUUUUUACCCCAUUCAUUAUAAUUUUACCUGCAUUAUUACGUCAUUUCAUUUGCAUGUAUUUUCUUUAGAAUAUUGAAAAGAUCUGAAAAUCGUUAAAAACAAGAUGCAUGUUAGCAAUCCCGUUAAUAACAAAAAAUACUUUAAAGUGUGAGUUUAAAACAAUAUCACUUUAAUCAUUACGUCAUAUGAAAGCAGCAGUCAAAAUAAUAUAAUAAUUAAGUGAUUAUGGACUGUUCCCACCUCAUAUGCAUGUUAUGAACUUUUUGGCAACAUGAGUAUAAUGGUAUUACUUAGUCAAUUAUUCACAUAUUUAUAAAUGAAAGGAAAAAUUUUAUGAAUAAGUGGCCAUAAGACGAUCUGUCUGCUAUAUCGAUAAUGUUGGAAACAUAGUUUAAGAAAAUGGUGCCUAUAUGCCAGAAUAAGGCCGUUUGUUUUGCUAUAAAUAUUUCACUAGUAGCAUAACAUUUUUAGUUCGAGUUGGCAUAUGGCGCGAGAAAUUGAGUUGAUAAUGAAUUCCAAGGCACAAGUUCAUAGCCGAACUUAUUUACGAAUUUGGCCAAGACCUAUUUCGGCAUGAGGAACACAUUGAUAAAAUUGAAGUUAUAAAAGCAGUCAUAGAAUUUAGCCUGUUUUGGCGUAGUGUUGGAGUCAAACCUAGAAGUAGAUUCCAGGGCCGUAUUGAGGUGAGGGGCCCUUAAAUCUAUCCCGGGCCACGUGAUCCAACGACAUUUGUUUUUUAACUCCUUAGAUAAAAACAAUAAGGGAAGAUACGGCACUCGCGGCUCAAGUGAUGCGCUUAAAUUGUGGUGCAAAGACCACAAUUCGCUUUAGUCACAAUUGGACAUUCAAACGCUGCAUGUGCACUUAAUAUAACAAUAUUGCGUAUAUUGUGUUCUAAAGAUAAAACAAUGUCUUCGAUGCUCUUAUAAAAACACAAAUAGUUCAGAAUCUAAUAAAAAAAAUUCACGCCAACACUUUCAUUCGUAAAACUAUGAAAACUUUUUUCAAAAAUCACGGUUUGUCAUGAAUCUUAUUAACUUAGUCGCCAUUUGUUAUCAAGAAGAGGGCAACAAUACAGCUCAGCCGUUUGUAGAGAGAGAAAAGAAAACACAGUUGCCAAGCCAAGCGACGCGACGCUGCGACGCGGACUCGCCGUUUCGCUCGCGCUGCGUUGAAGCGUACAGUUCUGUCUCGUUCGCUCGAUUGAAUGUUUAUUUACAGAAGUGUGCGUGCGUGAGAGUUGCUCAUAUAGUUGAACCGGAGCAUAUUUUAUUUGAUGCUAGUAUGAGUGUAGCGUAUCUUCCCUUUUUGUUUAAAUCUAAGUUUAACUCUGUUGUGGAGGCAACUGGGCCGCAGGCCCGCCUGUCCGGUAUUAAAUCCGGCCCUGAAUUUACCAGCACAGUAAGCUUGCCUGUUAAGCGCAAAUAGUGUACCAAAUUAUGUUAAACAAAAAGGUUAUGAAACAUAAAUAUGAAAACUUCAAUUAUUUAUAUCAUGCCUAAAAUGACCUUCUUUUCAUUAGACAGGAAUUAAAAAAUCUUUUUGUAAUCACAACAAAUAAACCAACUUUUACCUUUAUUUAGCAGUUUUGUUUUGUCAGUUUUUUAUUUCAAAUUUUCAACAUAAAUGUAUAUAUUAUUGUUAAAUUAUAAAGAAUGAAGCAUUCUUACUAGGCCAACUGAUGUGCUUCUGACCAUUUAUGUAUAAUAAUUUAUUAAUUUCCGUGUACCUAUAUUCAUACACAGAAAUUAAUAAAUUAUUAUACUAUACUUUUGCAAGUAUUAUGGAAGCUUUUAUAUGAGAAUGCAAUAUAAUAAUAAUAUGAUCUAUACAACAUUAGACACAAUAUUGUAAUAUCGACCAAAAAACAGCAUAAAAUAGUGUGUUGUGUGGGAGUCCCCCUCUAAUAUAUUAAUUUAUUUAAGAUUAAUUAUUUAUUUUUAAAGUGUAGGUGCAACUUAAUUAUCUGUGAAUAUUUCAAGCGUAUACCAAUUGCCAUUAUUAAUAUCAAGCAACAAUAUCACAUUUGUUGUAUUGGAGCCAAAUUGAUUAUUUAUUUUAGUAAUUGUUAUUAUAGUGGUAACAGAAAUGCAUCACCUGUGAAAACGUCAACUGUCUACCUAUCACAGUUCAUGAAAUACAGCCUAUUGGCAGACAGUAAAAUUUAAAUAUGUUUUUGGCAGAUUGCUAGCUAGGGGUAUUGACAAUAUUUACACUCACAAUUUAUAACAAUAAAAAUAAAAAUUAAAUAGUGUAUUGUGAUUCAUGACUUAUAAUGGUCUAAUAUGUACAAUUGAAACAAAAAACUGACUGAUAUAUUACCAAAAAAGACAGUAGCAGAACUGAAAAAAUAUUUUAAUGAGAUUUAUUAAAAUAUUGUUUACCCUGCAUUUGUCCUUUACCAUCUCCCAUUAGUUAUGGACAUUACUAAAAAAGUAAAUCAUGCAAUAUAUAUUUAUGUGGAUUAUUUUACAUACACUAACUACAUUAGAUAUUUUAUGCGACUGUUGUUUCAUUAAAGUGAUAAAGUUUAUGAUUUACAUUUAAAUAUAAUAGUACAACAUUCAUAAAUAUAAUUAGGAUGUCCUUGAAUCUGUCACUAUACUGUGAUAUACUGUCUCAAUGUGACUUACAUUAUGCAUAUUUAAUUAGUGUUGGUUGCCCAGGUUUUAUUUUCAAUAUAUAGCAUUAUAAGGCCUAUGAACUUGAAAAUAAGAAUAAAUAAUAAAGAAACUAAUCUCAAUAUCCUGAAGAAGAAUGUUCAUCAUUACAAAAGAGAUUUUUAAUAGGAUAUCUUGUUGAAAACCUAAUACAUAUAAAAUAUGACAAAUAAAUACAAAAAAAAUUAAUGUGUGCGCCUUCUUUUAAAGCCUUUACCUUUCUUGGAUUUCAUUUUGUGUUUACGAUUUACAGAACGCCCAGUAACUUCAUCUGCUAACAUGCCUACUGUUGUGAGCUUCCUCCUUUGGUUUUUCUCAGCUUUUGUUACUGGCAAACGUGUAAGAUAGUUCUCCUCAUAUUCUGUUUUUUCUUGUUCAAAUUUUGAAACAGAUUGCUUUAAAUUGUUUCCAGAACUAACCUCUAGUGGAGCUUCAGAAUAUUCUUCACGGAGUUCGCGCAUAACACUUGAGUUUAAGAAUUGUUUCUUUGAUCUUUCUUUAUUUUUCUUAUCAAUAUCAGUUCGGGAUAAGCUAUCAUCAUAAUGUACAGCUGCCAACUUUGGAGGUAUAUAAAUGUUUGAUUUCUUUACCUUAUCAUUUAUAUUACCGUCAUCAUCAGAAUCCUCACUAGAUUCAUCUUCGGAGCUUUUUACCUUGUUUAUCAAGUUAGCAGGAUUAGCAUGGUAUGAUUGUGGAUCAUCUUCGGAUACAACACCAACAACCGCAGUUUUAACAAGUUUAUCUAUUUGAUACUUUAGUUUUGAAUCAAUCGGUCGAAUCUUUUCCAAUAUAGUUCUUAUUUCAAUUAACCUGUCAAUGGACGGAUCAGAUUCGAUUUUUUCCCCUGAGCAUUUUCGCAGCACAAUAUAUGUUAGAUUUAUGAGGUAACUAAGAAGCAUUUGAUAUUUCAUUUCCAGAAAACUCAAACCCUUAUCUGUUGUUAAUUCACCAGUUUUAACUCUGGCUAGCAUGUUAUCUACAAGCUGAGAAACUUGCUGGAUAUUUGUGUUCAUUUCUUUUAGAAGUCUAACUGCCUGUGGAAGGUCAGGCUGCUCCAUUUCUUCACCAGCCUGUAAAACGAUAGAAUGUACCUUUAUAAUAACACCGUUGUUAUUUUUUCCCGUAAACAAUGUGCACGUCUUUUAUAGAAAUAUCACAUGUACUAGGGUUAGGUAUAAGUUUAUUUACCUGAACCAUAAUGUUGUUUACAAUAAUAUAACAAACCACAAAACUUAAUUCAGAAUUAAUAAUAGUUUAGGUAACAAUUUUAUGACUGUAUCGAUUUGUAACAUAGAAAAAAAUUAAAUAAAAAGAUGCGGUCGAUUGGGAACUGACACUCGUUUGCUUUGGCUUUGUG